AUGGCGAAGGCGGAGGAGGGAAGGGAGAGGAAGCUCACCUCCGUUGUCAGCGCCAUCCAUAAGUUGCAGCUCUCCCUCCUCGAGGACGGCCCCUGCUCCGAGCUCCAGCUUUUCGCGGCGGGCGCCCUCCUAUCCUGCGCGGACUACGAGGACGUCGUCGUGGAGCGCUCCAUCGCCGGCCUCUGCGGCUACCCGCCCUGCCCCAACCCUCUCCCGCCCGAUCGCUCCCGCAGGGGGCGCUACCGCAUCUCCCUGAGCGAGCACAAGGUGUACGACCUCGAGGAAACCUACAAGUUCUGCUCCGAAACCUGCGUCGUCAAUAGCCGGGCUUUCUCCGGGAGCCUCCAGCCGGACCGAUGCUCGCCGGCGGGGCUGGGGAAGGUGGCCGAAGUGCUUCGAUUAUUUGAGAGCUUACCGGCGGAGGAAGGCGCUGCUGGCCUCGGCGGGGGGAGACGGUCGGCGGCGGCGGCGGCGGACGGAGAUCUAGGGUUUUCGAACCUGACCAUUCAUGAAAAGACCGGGUUAGUUGCGGGAGAGGUGCCGGGGGAGGAGUGGAUUGGACCGUCCAAUGCCAUAGAAGGUUAUGUGCCCCAGCGGGACCGGAAAAAUGAAGGUCAGCCAGAUGAUGCUUCCCUUUCCCAGUUUAACUCAGAGCUCCCGCUUCUCCUUUCUCUGCCGCCCCCAAUUGGUUCUUCCUGAGCUCUGCUCUGUGGGCGGACGAUUGAGCCUUCCUCUCUCCUCGCAGGAGCUGAUUCUAGGCAUACAGCUUCAACAGAACGUAGAACAAAGACGAAGACGGAUGCUGCAAAGGGUGAUUAUGCCGACGCUGAGAUUGGCGGACCAGAUUUCACAAGCACGAUAAUUCUGGGCAGUCCCCAUCCCUCUUCUUCUUCUCGUCCGUCUGCAACAUCGUGUGGCGCUGCGCAGGGAGUCAACUCUGGAGAGUUAGAUCGAACUGAGGAGAAAGUGAAAAAACCACCUGCGCUGAAGUCCUCGUUGAAGACUUCUAGGUCAAAGGUUGGGAGAAGCUGCAGCGUCAAGUGGGCUGAUAAGACGGAAGUCAAGACUUUUGUUGAGACGGAGCCUUCAGCUGUUGAGCGAGAGUUUCGCACGCAGAGGACAGGGAGCUCCCGGCCAUCAAAUGAUGAGAUUGAUGACAGCUCGCUACGGCUUGAUUCAGCAGAGGCCUGUACUGUCGCUCUCGUCCAAUUGGCCGACUCAAUUUCUUCUGGCGAGCAAGAAUCUGGAGAUGCAGGUAGAGGUGUUCCGUCCGCGUAUACCUUCCAUGGUUGUGGAUCGAGAUGUGCCCAUGACGAAAUCGGGGAUCUUGCCUCUGUUUUGUAUCAGCCAGUCGAGCUGGAAUAGUGCUUCUGCCCCCACCCAAUCAUGCUGAGCAGAGGAAUUCCAACGAGCCAGAGGAGGAGGAUUCAUUCGAGUUCGACAAUGGGACUGUGAAGUGGCCGAAGAAGACUGUGCUCCUGGACACUGAUUUCUUUGAAGUAGAGGAUUCUUGGCAUGAUACACCGCCAGAGGGCUUCAAUUUGACUGUAGGUAUCAUCUGUAGGCCUGAAUGGGCUUGGUCCACUCAUUAUCUCCCUCUGUUCCUCGUCUACAAUGGCAUCUGAAGAAGUUUCCUUUUCCAGCUAUCACCUUUUGCGACAAUGUGGAAUGCCCUGUUUGGCUGGCUGACGUGCUCAUCUCUGGCUUUUAUAUAUGGGACGGACGAGGAUGCCCCCCAGGAUGAGUUCUUGUGUGUCGAUGGCAGAGAAUACCCCAGCAAGGUCGCUCUGAAAGACGGGCGGUCCUCUGAGAUCAAGCAAACCAUGGCCGCCUGCAUUGCUCGUGCCUUGCCACCACUGGCCACCGAUCUCCACCUGCGGAUCCCAGUUUCUUCCAUCGAGAAGGCUAUGGUGUGCCCUCAAUAACCUGCCCAAUAAUUUGCAGUUUUAUGAAUGGCCAACAAUUCUGCUCAAUGAGUAGAAUCUUUCUGCUCAUUGAUAAAUGAUGCUGUUUUUCGAUUGCUGUCCUGGUUUUCUCUCUGUUGAGGAGAAUCCUGAGGAGUCUUGGUGUUUCAGGGACGUUUGGUGGAGACCAUGUCGUUUGUGGAUGCUCUGCCUCCUUUCAAGAUGAAGCAGUGGUCUGUCAUCACUCUUCUCUUUGUGGACGCCCUCUCUGUGCAUAGAAUUCCAGCAGUUGCUCCGCAGGUGUCUGGUAGCAGGUUUUUGCUGCAAAAGGUGAGAUUUCUCUCUCGCUCUUGCUGAGUAGUGGGUGGAGAAAGCUCUUAGAACAAAAAAGAAACCAGAAAGAGCGAUUUUAUAAUCCCUUUAACUGCUUUUCUUCUCCUCCGUGUUAAAUAAUCUUGUAGAACAGUCAGGGGGAGGGGUGCAUGCAGUGAUUUCUAAUGUCCGGUUGUCAGUCAGGUCUUGCUGGUUUAUUCAGCUGAAAUUAUGCCUGCAUCUGAUAAAAAUCCAGGAAAUCUUCUUCCACAAACUUUGGAAUGUAUAGGUCAUAUUCUUGGAUUUCUCUCGUUUUAAAAAAAUCAAGAGUCUCGAGUUUUUUGGCUGGAUUAUGAACAACACCUGAUAUUGUAUAUCAGAUUCAUUCGUCUUGUACUUCAAUGCUCUCUCUGCAAUGUAUAAUCAACCAGUGUUCCUUAGUCAAGCCUCUUUCUCCUUCCAAUCUCUGCAAGAGAGAACUAAAGAUCUUCUGCCGAAGGGGCAUUUGCAGAUUCUCAGCGCCGCCCAAGUGACUGCAGCGGAGUACGAGUCUAUGCAGGAUCUCAUCCUCCCUCUCGGCAGGGUUCCCUAG